AUGCCAAAACUCAAGGUGAUCAUAGUCGGCGGCGGUCUCGCUGGCGCCUGCAUGGCGAAUGGACUCGUCAACAAGGGCAACGACCUAUUCGAUGUCACCGUCUUCGAGCGCGACACGGAAAGCUCGGGCCGAGACGGGUAUCAGAUUCGGCUUGGAGCGCAUGCGCUGAUGGGAUUCAGAGCCUGUUUGACGGAGGAGCAGUAUAGGGAGCUGCUCCUUUGCUUCGGGCGCUCUGGCGGCGUGGUAUCAUCUGCACCGGCAAUCUACAAUACGGAAAUGGAACUCCUGCUCGACCUGGGCAAAUUCCCAGCUUAUGAGAAGAGCGCUCCGAUUGGGCGUGCUCGACUCCGUGAUUUCCUCCAGGCUCCCCUACGCCAGAAAGGCAUCAUGAGGCACGGCAGGAAAUUCGUGCGAUUUGAAGUGAUCGACGACGAAGAGACACCAGGUCAAAGCAAGAUCAGGGCUCAUUUUGAGGACGGGCCGAGCGAGGACUGUGAUAUUCUACUCUCGGCGGAAGGGAGUGGUAGUCGUGCUAACAAGCAGCUUGGCUGUAACAAUAUCAUCGAGGACGGCUCCCUCGGCGCGGGCUCACUGCUUGGGAAAUGUCACCUCCCUUGGAGCGUCCUCCGUACCCUUCCACGGCCUCUCAUUGAGAAAGGCGCGAUAUUCACUACCGCCGCGAGUGCAAUGCUCUUUGCAGCAGCCUACCUUCCUGACAGCUUGGCACCCUCACAGAAAGCUUCCGUGUCGGGGGACCUGAGUGGCUUAAAGAAGCCGAGUAACUACGAUGAGGAACAAGCAUUUCUGAUGGUCGGAUUUGGCUGGAUGGAAGGGCCCUCCUCCAUUGAGGCUAUACAACUACCAGACACGAAGGCUUUUAUGCGGGAAAAGCUUGCGGAGACGAGAUGUCAUCCGGAUUUCUUCAAGCUCAUCGAUGCGCUAGAUCCCGACGCAAUUCAAAGUGUCCCAUGGAGAUACGCUAAAACCAUACCAGUGGACUGGAGGCGCAAUCUUCUAUUGGGCAAGGAGAGCAGCCUGGAUCGGAGCAUCGCCAACCCCCGAGUGUGGCUUAUCGGUGACGCCAUCCACCCGAUGCUCCCUUCGAGAGGAAUGGGAGCGAAUCAGGCAAUUCACGACACAGCCGAUGCUCUUGGCCCUCUAUUGGAGCUUGCAAAGCAGAAGGAUCGGAUCGGAUUGUUAUUUGAUGAUGAUAUCCGCGUCCAAGUGGGUGUGUACGAACGGGCAAUGAUUCCAAGAGCAUUCACCUGGGUCAAGAGAAGCUCUGCACAAGUGGUACGCGCCUAG